AUGAACAACUCUAUCAAAAGCUCCCUUACGGAAAUCAUUAUAGCUACCGACGAAAUGCACAGGCUCAGAGAAGAAAACCCAGAAGAAAUGGAUGAAAACUGUUCAACAAUAUCUACCUUAACUGAUGCUACAAUCAUAGGUGACGAAUACGAACCUUUUCUGGAACUAUAUGAGAUGGCAACGACAAGAGCAGAGCGAGGCUCAGACUCCGACUCCUAUAUGGCAGAUCAUGAAAGUAUAGAACUCAUUGAGCUAGUACCUCGAGAUAUUGAACCUGGAGAACUUGAGCUCAUUCUUGAAAAUAUGGAUAAUUCCCUAGAAGAAGAUAGGUUUCUUCUAGCUGGCUUGACCCUUGAGGAUAUUUCAAACCUUCGUUCGGUAGACAGAAACAGAAACAGAAAUGCAGUAGACGGCCCUGACGAAUACGAUGCUGAAGAUGAGAUAGAUCCAUUGGAUACAACCACAGGCCCACAUAGAAUCUUCAACCCACUUUGGAACAUUAGAGAUAUUCCCAGAAGAAUGGGGAAUGACAUUCUUCAGGAUCUAGAUUCAAUCAACAGAAUCUACUCCGCUAUCAGUCGGCGAGCAAGGGAUUUUAGGUUUUCUUUUCCUCAAUUGGAUGACAUCACACAGUAUUACUUCGAGUACAAUAACACUGGUCUAUCUGAAGAAGAGUUGACUGAAGUCUUGACUCUCUUUCUCGCCAGGGCAAGGUAUAACGUCACCACCUUAGAACAGGAUAAAGAAAACCGUCCUCCUCCAAUAAACAGAGAUAGUGAUCGUGACAGGUGGCAAUAA